AUGUACGAAACCCCUGAAGAAAACGACGGUUACAAAGCCAUGAAGAUUAACCUGGCGAAGUUAAACCCUAAAUGCGAUGCAUUUUUUCAAUAUCCGAAGAAGCACUGGAAAUACGAUGACGAAGUUUGGUACGAUGAAAGACCAAUCGGUGUCAACAAACUCGACGGCAUGAUGAAGGACAUCAGCAGGGCUGCCGAACUGUCGAAAUUCUACACAAACCACAGCGUCAGGGCCACCGCAAUCACCUUGUGGUCAAAUAUGGGGCGCCAAAUGUAUUUUUAUUAUUUAGAGUGGUUAUUUGUAAAUAACCAAAAAAGGGCGGUUAUUUACAAAUAACCACAUUACAGUUUUACUAUUUCUAAAUAACCAAAAUAUAAAAUUGGUUAUUUACAAAUAACCAAAACUGAAAUUUGUUUAUUUAGCAAAUAACCAAAAAUUAAAAAGUGGUUAUUUCUAAAUAACCAAAUGCGAGAUUGGUUAUUUAUUAAAUAACACAAAAUGCGAAAUUGGUUAUUUAUUAAAUAACCAAAAUGCAGGCAGAAUGGAAAAUUGGUUAUUUAUAAACAAACUGGACAACUGGUAAUUUAGUAAAUAAACAAAAAUGGACGAUUAAAAAUCCAAACUGUGCAAAAAUGGUUAUUUAAUACAGAAAUGGUUAUUUACCUAAUUUGGUCUUAGCAAGUGGCCACGUGGCCCAUUUUCCCGAUCAGCUCCCAUAACGACUGGCAGACUUCUAUUUCCAACGUGGCUUCUUCCAAAAGCAUAGCGCGGUUAAAUGCAGAAAUGGCUUCGAGCUGCUUUGAAGUUAGCUACUGAUCGAUCCAAAUCUGACACAUCCCACUACAGACUGUUCACAGUCCCUAUUUUUCCGUAAGAUCGUCGAGAUCGAGCACUUUGCGUUACGGCUGCCAUCUUGGAUGAGUGUCAAAACUACUUAGGGGGCGGGGGGCGGUUUGGGAGGAAGCGAGAAAAAUAGUCCCUGAGUAGUUUUGACGAUCAUCCAAGAUGGCUCACCCGUAACGCGAAGCCUAUUGCGACAGGAUUCUCUAAUCAUCAUGAUAUUGUGGAAUUCUGUAGGUACUUUUGAAUAUUGGUCAAGCCAAUCUUUGUCCAAAGAGAUCUCAGGAGCAGGAAAGCAGCAUAUUCCUGCGUAUUAAUUUACUGAAAAUGUCCCGAGGAAAACGCUGGAACAGGAUUUCCGAGACUCUAAAUUUAAAAAUUUUCUGGGGGAGCAUGCCCCCAGAUCCCACUAGGUUGGGUCGCCUUCGGCGCUACAACUUUCCUCCCCACUUGCGUGCGAAAGGUUUAUUAGAAGAUACAUCAUUAUGGGAGCUCUAAAGUGGAACGGAUUAUGAUAGAAAUUAUGAUAACUAGAAAGAACAGACGGGAGCCAACCUUAAUUCCCCAGUCAGCGAGUGAUGUGACCAAUAAAAUUGUAAAACAAAAUGAGAGACACUGUGUUUGGUAUUUCAUUCAGUUUUUAGCAAGUACAGAAUUGACUCCAGGGAUCAAAUAUUUUCAUGGGAUCAGGGAUCAGGAUUUGCAAUAAUUUUGGAUCAGGUAUCNGAGAGACACUGUGUUUGGUAUUUCAUUCAGUUUUUAGCAAGUACAGAAUUGACUCCAGGGAUCAAAUAUUUUCAUGGGAUCAGGGAUCAGGAUUUGCAAUAAUUUUGGAUCAGGUAUCAAAAUUUUAUGGCCAAAAGGUGAGAUCAGUCGGGAAAAUAUAUACCUCGUUAAGACCCUGUUGUAUAACAAAACAAUGUAAAAUACGAUACGUUUCACGGAAAUACAAAAUUAUUUUUGAACAUGUGUGAUGUCUGAAGAUUAAAGGACAAGGGAAAAAAUUAGUCAGAAAUAAAUAAUGUGACGGUACGACAAUUCGUUGGAUAAUCUCUGGACUAUCAUGAAAACCAACUGAAGUAGAUGACGGUAAAUGAAGACUAAUGGUGGUAGAUGUAGGCGUAUGAAGGUAAAAGAAGGCUGAUCAUUGUAGAUGACCGUAGAUAAAGGCUAAUGGGGGUAGAUGAAGGUGAGUGAAGGCUAAUGGUGGAAGAUGACGGUAGAUGAAGGUGAAAGAAGGCAAAGGUAAAUGAAGGCCUAUGUAGGAAGAUGAAAAUUAAUGACGAAGGAUGAGUGUGAAUGAAGGUAAAUGAAUUAGAAUGAAGGUGAAUUAAAAUAAAUGAAGGUGAAUAAAGAUUAAUGAAAACGAAUGAAGGUGUACGGAGGAAAAUGAAAGUAAAUGAAGGAAAAUGAGGGUGAAAGAAGGUAAAUGAAAGAGAAAAGAGGAAAGUGAAGGAAGUGGAAGAAGCCAUGUUGGAAAUAGAAGUCUGCAAGUCGUUAUGGGAAAUGAGCGGGAAAAUGGGCCACGUGGCCACUUGCUAAGACCAAAUUAGGUAAAUAACCAUUUUUGCACAUUUUUGGAUUUUUAGUCGUCCAUGUUUGUUUAUUUACUAACUAACCAAUUGUCCAGUUUGUUUAUAAAUAACCAAUCUCGCAUUUUGGUUAUUUAAUAAAUAACCAAUCUCGCAGUUUGGUUAUUUAAUAAAUAAUCAAUCUCGCAUUUGGUUAUUUAGAAAUAACCACUUUUUAAUUUUUGGUUAUUUGCUAAAUAACCAAAUUUCAGUUUUGGGUAUUUGUAAAUAACCAAUUUUAUAUUUUGGUUAUUUAGAAAUAACAAAACUGUAAUGUGGUUAUUUGUAAAUAACCACCCUUUUUCUAGUUAUAUACAAAUAACCAUUCUAAAUAAUAAAAAUACAUUUGGCGCCCCAUAGGUCAAACGCCGGCGUCCAAAAUCGCCAUAUUAUGGCGAUAUCCGGUCACCGCAGUGAGCAGAGUUUGGCGCAGUACAACACACGGCCUUCGACAUCACAACUUCAGCAGUGCAGCGAUGUCCUUUCUAGAAGUCUGAACGCCGAAAAUUCCUUUUUUUCUGGCAAUCCGAUAAACGACCGCACCUAA